CUAGCAUGCGUGCGUGCGUGCGUGUAUAUACGGACACCACAGCACCGACGACCGGCCAACUCUCGCUCGCACUACCCUCCACCUCCAGUCCAAUCUCGCUCGCAGUCACAGAGGACAGAGCCCGCGGCGACAUGUCCACCACCGCCACCGCCUACGCCACAUCUACGGCAGAUGACGACCGCCGACAAGCGCUCCAGGCGUUCGACGACACCAAGGCGGGCGUCAAGGGCCUGGUCGACGCGGGCGUCACCGCCGUCCCCGCCAUCUUUCACCACCCGCCGGACUCCCUCCCCCUGUACGCGCCUCCUCAGCUACACCACGAGCACCGCUUCACCAUCCCGGUCAUCGACCUCGCCGGCCUCGGGACGCCGUCGGGGCGAGCCUCCGUGGUCGGCGCGGUGAGGGCAGCCACGGAGACGGUUGGCUUCUUCCAGGUGGUGAACCAUGGCGUGCCGGAGGCGGCCAUGUCGGAGAUGCUCGCGGCGGUGCGGUGCUUCCACGAGGAACCCGCGGACGCCAGGGCGCCGUACUACAGCCGGGACCACGGCCGGCGCGUCAGGUACACGAGCAACUUCGACCUGUUCCAAUCGCCGGCCGCCAACUGGCGCGACAGCGUGUACAUUGACAUGACGCCAGACCCGCCGGCGCCCGAGGAGAUCCCGCCGGCCCUCCGAAGCGUCGUGCCGGAGUACGAGCGGCUGGCGCGGCAGCUGUACCACGAGCUGCUGGAACUGCUGUCGGAGGCCCUGGGACUGCGCCGCGGGCACCUAAAGAAGGACGCCGGGUGCCUCGACGGGCUCAACCUCGCCGCCCACUACUACCCGGCGUGCCCGGAGCCGCACCUGACUAUGGGCACCACCCGGCACUCCGACCCCAGCUUCCUCACCGUGCUGCUCCAGGACGCCGUCGGCGGCCUCCAGGUGCUCGUGGAGGAUGACGGCGGCUCCGCUGAGUGGAUUGAGGUGCCGGCGGUGCCGGGGGCACUGGUGGUGAACAUCGGCGACUACCUGCAGCUCUUGUCCAACGACAGGUUCAAGAGCGUGGAGCACCGCGUGGUGGCCAACGGCGCGGGUCCUCGGGUGUCGGUGGCCUGCUUCUUCCGGACGUACGGUGCCGCCGCGUCCAUGAGGGUGCUGCAGCCGAUCGUCACCGGCGGAGACCGCGCGAGGUACAAGAGCGCGACGGUGGAGGAGCUGCUCCGGCACUACAGGGCCAAGGGCCUGGACGGCACCUCCGCGCUCGACCACUUCAGGCUCUGAAUGGAGCGCAGAUGAUGUAUCUUCUGUUUACCUCUUCUCGUGUUUAAGUGUGGAGAAUUGUGGACGCCCUCGUGGAUUAAUUGGGCAUUCAACAAUGGCUUUGUUAAUUUUCU